AUGGCUGAAGCAAUUUUGUUCGGUUUGGCUGAGACUCUCCUCCAAAAAUUGGGUUCUAGUGCUUUUAAUGAGAUUGGAUUGGCAUGGGCUGUCAAAGAGGAAGUUCAAAAGCUCAAUACCACAGUUUCCAUAAUCAAGGAUGUGCUUUUGGAUGCGGAGGAGCAAAGUACCCAUAACCGCAAGAUAACAACUUGGCUUCGAGAGCUUCAAGAUGUAGUUUACGAUGCAGAAGAUUUGCUCGACAAUGUCUCUACGACAGCUUUGCAACAAAAGGUGAUAACCCAAAACAAACUUGCGAGAAAGCUGUGCCUUUUCUUUUCGAGCUCCAAUCAGAUUGUGUUUGGUCUGAAGAUGGGUCAUAGGAUUAAGGCUAUUAGGGAGAGGGUGGAUGAACAUGAAAAGCUUAAGAACCAAUUCAACUUAACUGAUCAACCCACAGAUAGCCGAUCGUUUACUGGACUGCAUCAUGUUGCCAUCGGAGAUAACUUUUCAGUCAUUCCAAUUGUUGGAAUGGGGGGCCUAGGAAAGACUACUCUUGCUCAAUAUGUGUACAAUGAUGAGAAAAUUGGAGAACAUUUUACGCCAAAAAUGUGGGUUUGUGUGUCAAAUGAUUUUAAUAUGAAGAGAAUUGUUGAAAAAAUUUUAGAAUCUGCAACUGAGAAGAAAACUGAGGGGGGCCUACAGAUGGAUACACUGCAAGUUCGCCUUGGGAAAGAAAUUGGUGGUAAGAAAUACUUGCUUGUUUUAGACGAUGUUUGGAAUGAGGAUCAUACAUUGUGGGACAAACUAAAAGAUUUGUUAAAUGUAUGUGCAAGUGGAAGUAAGAUUAUAGUAACAACUCGGAGCCGUAGGGUUGCAGAAAUCACAAGCCCCGUUGAACCAUAUGUUUUAGAAGGUCUUGAUGAGCAAAGGUCAUGGGAUUUGUUUAAGAAAAUGGCAUUUAAACCAGGCGAGGAGCCACAAAACCAAGUGGACAUUGGAAAGGAGAUUGUUAAAAGGUGUUUAGGUGUUCCUCUUGCCAUACGGACUUUGGCAAGCUUAUUGUACUCCCAAGAUACCAAGUACUGGGAAUCCAUUAAAAAUAAAGAAUUUUCAAAAAUAGCCCAAAAAGAAAGUGAUAUUUUGCCUAUCCUGAGAAUUAGCUAUGAUGAGCUCCCGUCAUACUUAAAGCACUGCUUUGCUUACUGCUCACUAUAUCCCAAAGAUUCUGAAAUUAAGAAGCGAACCUUGAUCCAACUUUGGAUGGCAAACGGUUUUCUUCAUUCACAGGAUGGAAAACAAUGAGCAGAAGAAAUUGGGGAUCAGUAUUUUACGGAGCUAUUAAGGAGGUCCUUUUUUCAAGAUGUACAAAGAAAUAAACGGGAUGAUGAUAUAGAGAGUUGUAAAAUGCAUGAUCUGAUGCACGACCUUGCAGAAUUGGUUGCUGGGGAAGGAAUUUGUCGUGGGAGCUCAGAGGCAGCAAAUAUUACAGAAAAGACACGUCACCUGUCAUUCCCUUAUGAGUCGGAAAGUUAUUCGACGGAAAUUCCAUCUACACUGUUCAAUGCAGGUAAGUUGAGAACGUUUCUUUUGCCAUCCUCCAUAGAAGUGGACGAAACAUGUUGCCGAAAGCUUAUUUCGAGAUUCAGGUGCCUUCGCGUGUUGGAUUUGUUUCGGCAGGGGAUCAAAAUGUUACCAGAUUCAAUUGGGAAGUUGAAGCAACUAAGGUAUCUUGACCUUUCUGGGAACGACCGUAUGAAAUGACUCCCUGAAUCUAUUACCCGCCUGGUGAAUUUACAGACUCUGAAGCUCUCUUCGUGUGAGGAACUCGAAGAAUUGCCGAGGGAUAUUGAGAAUUUAAUCAAAUUGGUGGAUCUUAAUUUGGAAAAAUGCAAGAGUUUGAGAUGUAUGCCGCAAGGAGUGGGGCAGUUGAAGCAACUAAGGUAUCUUGACCUUUCUUGGAACCGCAGUAUGAAACAACUCCCUGAAUCUAUUACCCGCCUGGUGAAUUUACAGACGCUGAAUCUCACUAGGUGUCUGGAACUCGAAGAAUUGCCGACGGAUAUUAAGAAUUUAGUCAAAUUGGUGGAUCUUAAUUUGGAAGGGUGCGAGAGUUUGAGAUGUAUGCCGCAAGGAGUGGGGCAGUUGUCUAACCUUCGAACGUUGAAUUGGUUUGUGGUGGGCGAGAAUGCAACCACAAGCGGUGGACUACUCAACGAGUUGAAAGGGUUAAAUAAUCUGGAAGGGAAGUUGAAGAUUGUAAUGAGGAGAAGGAUAAAAAGUGCAGAAGCAUCGGAAGCGAAUUUGAAGGAAAUGCAACACCUUCGAGACCUGGAAUUGGAGUGGAGGCAAGAAAGCCACGAGGAUGGGGAGGAGGAUGAUUAUGAAUCAGUGUUGGAUGGCCUUCAGUCGCCCCCAAAUCUGAGAGAAUUGAGGAUGACAGGGUACGGUGGGAGAAGGUGGCCAAGUUGGAUGAUUAACAUGCAAUCUUUCACCUCGCUUCCAAGCCUUCGGCUUCGGGAAUUCCCCCAACUAGAAUCACUGCCGGAAGGGAUGCGUUGCCUCACCUCUCUUCAAGAGUUGCAUAUUUGUCUAUGCCCACUUUUAUUGAAAAGAUGCGAAAAAGAAACAGGGGAGGAUUGGCGCAAGAUCGCUCACGUCCCCUCAAUAGUUAUAUGGUGACGUGCACACUCUUCCAAAUUUGGAUUGUUUGCUAACUGCCAAGCCAAUAGGUAUGUAUAUAUGCGUUCCUUUUUUCAAAAAAAAAAAUUAAAUUGCUAUCAUAUUUAUCUUCCUACUCCUCAGUUACCUUUAAAAGAAACAAGGAACUCCAUCGAAUACCCUUCGCCUUUUCCUUCCUCUGGAAAUUCUCAGCUUUUAUUCCACUAGUUUAGAUUUAUCUUUUCCUCUGCAGUUACUUCAUUGAUUAUUGAAUGAACUUCCCUCUUAUCCAUCUUCGUUUGAUGAGCCAUAUUGGGGAAACAGAAAUAGGAAAAACCAGAGGUAAUAAUUUAAUUGCUUUAUCAUUAUUAUUAUUAUUAUCCUCAUGCUGUCCCAAUAUGGUAACUUAUAUUAGAGAUAUUGGACUGUUUAUAUUCUCAUGCAUUCUUUUAUAUAAUUAAUUAUUUAUUUAUUUUACAUUUUUCCUUUUAUGUUGCAUAAUUGAAUUAAAUUCUUUUUUUGUCUUUAUUAUGUAGCACAUUAUGAACUAUGGUGUGACAUGUUAAACAAAUAUGGUUAAAUAAUAGCUAGCUAGUAACUUAUCAUAUUGAAAUUUAUUAAUUUAUACAUGAUAUUGUCCUAUGUUAAAAAGUAAAGGCAUAUAGGUAGUUGUGAGUUUGUUAUGAAGUAGUUUGUUACAAGUAAAUUUUUAUAGAUUUUUGCUUACGUCUAUAUUCAAUCAUUAUUUGCACAUGGAAAAUUUAGGAAACAAAAAUGUUUUAAGUCCAUAGUAUAGGAAUUUUUGUUUUAUGUGUAUAAUUUUGUUCCUAUUCAUUUAAAACAUAAACAAAAAUCUACUUACUUUCUAUGUGUCCACCCUUUCUAAAUUACCUAUAGAAUCAUUCUUUUAAUUGAAGAAUCACAAUAAUUUGUGUAAUUUCAAAACCUUUGUGGCUUUUGCAAUAUUAGGAGAAGAUCUAAUGCUGAAAGAUGUAAAUCAAUUGUAAGCAACAUCAAAUCUUUUGCCUCUUUUUAGUAUUUGUAUAGAUUUGAAAAAAAAAAAUGUUAUAAAAAACUAUACAGACUUUUGCUCAAAUUGAUAGUUAAUAUCAUAUUUUCAUUUAUAAAAAUAUGGCCUUUAAAUCAAUUUCUUUUAAAUCAUAAAUUGAUAGUAUUUGUAAAUCAAAUGCAAGCAACAUCAAAUCUUUUAUGCAGAGUGGCUGUUGGAGUUAAACUUGUGACCAACUAGUCACAAAAGAGUAGCCAUAUUGUUUAUCUAAGGCCUGCCUUAAAAAAAAAAAAAAUUAAAAAGUUUUCAUAUAAUUAGUUGUCUCUUUGAUAUGGAAUCUUUGCAAAGUAAAUAAUUAUAUGUUCCUCCUCUCUACUUUGUAAAUUUGACUUAUUGCUUCUUUCCUUUUGGCAUACUCGUAUGUUUGAGAGAUGGAUUGAUAUAUAGCUAGAGAUUAAAUGACACUCUUUUUUUGGUUCAGUUGUUUUGUGAACUUCAACACAGAUUUUAAUUCUUUUUUUAGUAUGUUCAAUUUAUGUAAAAUACCAAAGAAUAAGCUGCCAGUCUGGAUUUGCAGUAAUUCUUAGCGCUACUUUGAAGUUCAUUAGGUUUUUUUCAUUAAAAUUAAUUAUUGAUAAAUUACUUCCGGCAUCCCGUGGGUUUGGUGCUGCAUCAGGGAGUCCGAAUAGCUUGGAAUUCUCAUGUAAAUCUAAAAAAAAUAAAAAAAUAAAAAUGGGAAACGUCCAUAUACAUACAUAAAGCAAAUGGGCACUUCAUUCAAUAGUUUUGUGUUUUAAUUUUUUAUUCUAAUAAUAAUAUAAUAUAAUAAUAGUAAAUUUUAUAAUAUAUAUAGAUAUAUUUUUUUUAAAAUUGCUUACAAAUAUGUUGAAAAACUAUUGGACAUAAAAAAUAUAUAUAUAACUAGUUAUGAGUUGGUCAUAGAAUAUUUAUGAUAUAUUUAAAAGUUAAGAAAUAAAGUGUUAAACGGUAAAUAAGGACAUAAUAUAAAGUUAAAAAUGAGUGUUAACUCUAAACUUUAAAUUUUUUAAAGGUCGUUUGCUCAAUCAACCUUUAAAACAAUUUAUCAAUUUAAUCGAUCAAUAUUUAAUUUAAAUUAUUCCUGUAAAUCAUCUUUAUUUCUGAUUUUUGGCACAUGCUUAACUUCUUUUUUCUUUCCUCGCAGGUUUAAAAUUGCAGAUUUAAAGAUUGCUAGCCCACCUCUUGCUCUUACUCUUUUUAUUGUAUUUAUUCUUUCUUUUUUUUUAAUGUAAAAUUUGUUUGCCUAUAUUUUCCUUUUCCCUGAAUCUCUCUCUAUAUUUUAUUUUUUGUAUUUUUUUUUUCAUGAAGAAAAUAAAAUGCUGUUUAUUUGGGGUGUUUA